AUGGCUGCUCCGAGUUACUAUUACUUCUUCAUGGGGCCGGCGGUGGCCGCCGUCUUCAUUAUUGUACUAAACGCUUUUGUAAUUGUCUUCUCAUCGUCGGUGAAGGAGUUGGUGGUGACUGGAAAGAUAAAGAGAGAAGAGUUGGAGCGGCGGAUUCCGACGAGGAGGUACGAGCGGAAGGAGGGGAACGGAGAGGAGGAGUGUUCGGUGUGCUUGUCGGCGUUCUUAGACGGCCAGAGAGUUCGGCGUUUGCUGGACUGUAACCAUUGUUAUCACGCUUCUUGUAUUGAUAGGUGGCUGAUGUCGCACGCGAGCUGUCCGAUUUGCAGGGCCGAUGUUUUGCCUUCGGUUAGGGCAAAAAGAGCGGUCAGCUGCGGAGUUUAG